AUGGCAAAGCUCUUCCUCGCAGUGGCCCUCCUGAUGGCAGGCUGCAUGGCCGCAAACGCCGCUCUCGUCUCCUGGCAGGAGUUUUCCAGCGCCGUCACCUCCAGCGGCUACCCACAGCCGCGACAGGACCAGUACAACGCCUUCGCCAACCGUCUCUCCACGGGCCUUAUUUCCAACAAAGUGGAAGCGGCAAUGUUCCUCUCGCAGAUUCUCUGGGAGUCAGGUGGCCUGCGAUACAAACGAGAGCUGAUCUGCAUCAAGACCGGCUGCCCCGGCGUGUACGACCACUCGGUGGGUGCUCCCGGCAAGAACUACUACGGAAGAGGGUACAUCCAGUUGACACAUUCCUACAAUUACAAAGCAGCAUCACUUGAUCUCUACCACGAUCUGCGACUGAUCACCAACCCCGACAUGGUCGCCGACAAUGAGGACUGCGCCUGGGCGACCGCCUUCUGGUUCUGGAAGAUCAACGUCCACAACCGUGCUGGUGUGCAGCAGCACCACUUUGGCGAUGCGACCCGUGCCAUCAACGGCAUGGAGUGCUCGGGCAUGCCGGCCGCCCGAAAGCGCUUCCAGAUUUACCAGCACGUCAUGCGGGCCUUCCACAUCAACGAGGCGCCAAAUGAGCACGGCUGCUACAACUAA